AUGGGCACAUCUGAAGACUGGGGCUAUAAAACGGAACCGCAAUAUGAAGCCUGCAGAGGUUACAAGAAUCGAAGAUGCGCUUGGCCGAGAGGAAAAACAUUAGGUGGUAGCAGCAGCAUAAACGCUAUGUUUUAUGUGAGAGGAAAUAAGUAUGAUUAUCAGGAAUGGGCUGAUCAAGGCAACUAUGGUUGGAGCUACGAUGACGUGCUACCUUACUUUAAAAAAAGCGAAAAUUAUUCAGGAGAUUCAACAGAAGAUACAAGAAAGUAUCAUGGAAGUAAUGGCUAUUUACAUGUAGAAAAUGAUGAAAAUAUGGAUAAUUUGGAAAAAUUAAUCUUAAAUGCUGUUAAUGAAUUAGGAAUACCAAUACUUGAUGAUGUUAAUGCCUAUUCGCAAAUGGGCGUUUCAAAGUCAUGGAUGACAAUUAAAGAGGGAAUGAGGCAUAGUACUGCAAGGGCAUUCUUGAGUCCCAUCAAACACAGACGUAACUUGCAUGUUGUUAAAAACGGAUAUGUUACUAAACUCAUAUUUAUACCUAAUACUAACAAAGUAACAGGAGUACUUAUAAGCAAAGAUGGUAAAGAAGUAAUAGUGAAUGCUAAAAAAGAAGUAAUUGUUUCAGCUGGUGCAAUAAAUACUCCACAAUUACUUCUACUCUCUGGGAUCGGACCUUCCAAACAAUUAAAAUAUUUAAACAUUAACGUAAAAAGUGAUUUACCUGUUGGUCAAAAUUUACAAGACCAUUUGUUUGUGCCAUUUUAUUAUACUCUACCUGGCAUUGGCAAUACCACAACUUUAAAUAAUUUUGCAACAGAAUUUGUACGUUAUAUAACAACAAGAAAAGGUACAUUGUCAGAUACUAGUCCACAUAGAAUUAUAACUUUCUAUAAUACUACUGAUAAUAGAUCUAGCAACCCGGAUGUGCAAUUUCACUAUCUUGUAUUUCCACCAAGUUUAUAUAAUGUAAUUGAUAUUUUAAAACAUCACGAUCUCAGUGAAGAGAUACAAGAAAAGUAUCGCAAGAUAAAUGACGUCAAUUUCAUAAUAGUUGUAUACUGCACUGUGUUACAGCCUAAAUCCAAAGGGAAAGUUAUUUUAAAAAGUAAAGAUCCUUAUGAAUAUCCCCUAAUUUACGCAAAUUAUUUUGAUGAUCCUGAGGACAUGACGACGCUUAUAAAUGGAUUUAAGCAACACGUUGCAAAGUUAGGUGAAACUAAUACUUUAAAGAAUUCUGGUUUUAAACUAGAAUGGUUAGACAUAGACGAGUGUAAAGAAUAUAAAAAAGGUAGCUAUGAACAUUUAGAAUGUUACUGUAGACAAAUGACUUUCUCAUUAUAUCAUCCUGUAAGUACUGCAAGAAUGGGACCAAUUGAUGAUAAAAAUUCUGUUGUUGAUCCAGAUUUAAGAGUGAAAAAUAUUAAAAACCUUAGAGUUAUCGACGCCAGUAUAAUGCCAAACAUAGUGAGAGGCAAUACGAAUGCUCCCACUAUAAUGAUAGGUGAAAAGGGAGCAGAUUUAAUCAAAGAGUUUUGGCUGCCCAGUCAAUAUCUUUAUGAAUUACCACGUAGUGAAUUUUAG